AUGUUAAUAGAGGACAAUAAACUACGAGAACAAGAAAUAGCCACAUGUUUGUACAAGUUCAAUACGACCCUCAAUUACACUAAUCAGCCUCAUUCUUUCUUCGACUCGAAGUUCCUGAAGAUAACGCUAUGUUUCACCCCAGGACUAAUGUUGCUAUUAUUAACCUCGGUCACGGAUGAAAAUGGGACAUUGAAACAACUCUAUCUCACAACAGUUAUGGAUCUUUUUGAUGGCAUUGAAAUGGUAGAAGUCUUACAUGAAGAUAUAUGUAACAAGAUACCCAUGGAAUGGGAGAUUGCUGUUUUAAUCGCCGCAUUACUGUUCUUCAUCCUGUCUCCGCUUGAAGUAUACGAAAUAAAAUUUGACAGAAAUGGUGACUCGACGCAGCGCGAGAAAACAGCAUGGGUUAAUAUUGCUUUUCAAAUCUUUUUAAACUUGGCUUUCCUGAUUAUUCGCCUAGUGUUGUGGUUCUACUACGAUUUUGAUUCCGCUGUUUUUCUCGCCAAAAACAUGAUUGGCCUCGUUAUUGCACUGGUUGGUGUCCUGGAGGAAUGCAAAGUCAUUCGAGUCUGA